UCACAUAUGUACAUAUACACAUAAGCUGUUUCUGCCUCUGUGCCCGAAUAUGUACUUUGGACUCUGCUCUUGUUGAUUGUUUGUUCGCCCCAUCCGAUUUUGCAUUCAUUAAGCGAUUGUGUUACGGAGUAGUCGAAAUAAUUCUGUGGUGACUUUAACAACUUUAAAAGUACAAAAUGAUUAAUACCGGAAAAUUAGCUGGACGUACCCUUUUUAUAACCGGUGCGUCGCGAGGCAUCGGAAAAGCAAUUGCAUUAAAGGCUGCUCGCGAUGGCGCAAAUAUUAUUGUUGCUGCGAAAACCAGUACUCCCCAUCCUAAAUUGCCUGGAACAAUUUACACUGCGGCUGAAGAGAUUGAAAAGGCCGGUGGACGGGCGCAUCCAUGCAUAGUAGAUGUGCGCGACGAACAACAGGUGCGUUCAGCCAUUCAGGAUGCUGUUGCGAAGUUCGGCGGUAUCGAUAUAUUGAUAAAUAAUGCAUCUGCCAUAUCACUGACCGGCACACUGGAUACAGAUAUGAAACGUUAUGAUCUGAUGCAUAAUAUAAAUACACGUGGCACAUUCCUCGUUUCGAAAGAGUGUUUACCGUACAUAAUUAAAAGUAAUCAUGCUCAUAUCUUAAAUAUUUCGCCGCCGCUUAAUUUGAAUCCUAUCUGGUUUGCUCCACAUGUCGCUUAUACAAUUGCCAAGUAUGGUAUGUCGAUGUGUGUUUUGGGUAUGGCUGAAGAAUUCCGCUCUUCUAAAGUGGCGGUGAAUGCUUUGUGGCCACGCACCGCAAUACAAACUGCGGCCAUGGAAAUGUUAGCCGGUGCAGAAAGUUCCAAUAUCUCGCGUAAAGUAGAUAUAAUGGCAGAUGCCGCAUAUGCUGUUUUAAUACGUGAGCCAACUCAAUGCACAGGACGUUUCCUAAUCGACGAUGAAGUUCUAACAGAGGCUGGUGUGACUGACUUGAAACAGUAUGCAUGCAAUCCGGAAUACGCAGACAAACUUAUGCCUGACUUCUUUUUGGAUAUAUCAGAGAAUGAACUCAAUACUGCAAAAGAACAGUUUAAACAACAAACGACUGUUGCAGCUUCUUCCGGACAAAUACCGGCGUUAUUUGUUAAAAUUGAAACAUUACUUUCGCCAGAACUAGUACAAAAAACGCAGGCUGUUUUCCAAUUCAAUAUUGAAGGCGAUGAGAAAGGCACUUGGCAUUUAGAUUUGAAAAACGGACCUGGUUCAUGCGGCAUUGGUGAGCCAAAGGUGUCACCUGACGCAACACUGACCAUGAAAGCGAAUAACUUCCACGAUAUGUUUUCGGGAAAACUUAAGGCUGCAACUGCAUUUAUGACAGGCAAAUUAAAAAUUUCAGGCGAUUUGAAUAAGGCAAUGAAGCUGGAAAAACUAAUGCGCUCACUCAAGUCGAAAUUAUAGACCGUUAAAUAAUAUUCCAUACUGUGUUGUUUUUUAAUAUUAAGAUUUUUUAUAUAUAAAAUAUAGAAGAUAUGUAUUAUGAUAA